AUGGCACAUGUACCAACAACACAAUGUCAGCUGUCCUUGGCGAACAUUGCGAUGACACCAAAACGUGCCAAUCUGGGGCCGUUUGCGUUGAUAAUAUAUGCAAAUGCCCCGAUGGAUACAUCGAGGAAGAAGGAUUUUGCACCAAGUUUGGUUAGUUUUGAUAUUUUUAGAGUUAAAAGUGACAAAUAAUGUCAUAAGCCAACAGCUAAUGUCAUAGAGCAUGCAAACGUAGGACAAGUUAUUUUACCAAGAUCAAACGUGUUAGUUUACCAUUUACAGUCCAAAGAAAGCGAUUCAAGUCCUACCGAUACUUUGAACCAACAUUGGCAGCCAGAAGGUGUCAUCCAGAGUUAUGUCAACUGCCAGACUGCUUCUGUUCCCCCACUGGUCGGACACCGCCGAUAAACGUGCCAAAGCAAGAUCUACCUCAAAUUGUGGUACUAACUUUCGACGAUCCAGUGAAUGGUAUGUUCAGAUAGUAACAUAUUGCUUAAAAAAAUCUUAAACUGACAAAAAUGUGUUGCAAUUAAUUUCAUAUACACGAUAGCUAAGUUUGAGAUAAGAUAAUAAAAAUAUUUACAGAUAAAUCAAUGAGAGACUACAGAGAGAUAUUCGAGUUCAUAAACUUCACAUCUCCGAGCGGAUGUUCAGUAAAAGGUACCUUCUUCAUAUCUCAUGAAUGGACGAACUAUAACCAAGUCGAGCAGCUAGCAGAUAAUGGUCAUGAACUGGCUUCGAAUUCUAUAACGUAAGAGAUCUUCUUAAACUAUCUUAACCAAUAAGCAAAAAAAAUCGUAAGCAAUACCUAAAAUUACUGUGUUGUCUUUUACAGACCUAAAAUCACUUAGUGAGUAAAGUUACCGUAGCUAAAAAAGAUCAUGAAAUAUUUAGACAUCGAUUGCUGACCUUUUCAAACUAUACAGGCUGGUUGAUAGAGAUGGACGGACAACGAAAAAUGUUAGCUAGAUAUGCAAAUGUAGAUGAAAGUCAAAUUAUUGGAAUGAGAGCGCCACAACUUGGCCUAGGAGGUGAUUUGCAGUAUAAGGUAAGAUAUUGAAAGAAGUAAAACACACUAGUAACAGACUACAUUUCUGUUAUUCCUCAAGUAACACACUGCAUUUCUAACUAAUGGUUUUACAUUGCCACUUACCAUCACACCUUGUUAUAGAUGGCGCAACAAUCUGGGUUCGUCUACGACAACUCUAUUAGUGUGGAUUCUGGAGUAAACUACGAACCUUUUUGGCCCCAGACUUUAGAUUAUUCCCUACCAUUUGUUUGUGAAUCCGACCAUUGUCCACCGUCGUCAAUACCCGGCCUUUGGGUAGUUCCGAUGAACGUAUAUUACAGUCAUCAUCUUAAGUCUCCAAUGCUCCAGGGCAUUCUAGCUGGAGGUGAGACUGAAGAUCAGAUAUUGCAAUUGCUUGACUGGAACUUCCAACGAUAUUACAGUAGGAACAAAGCUCCGUUUGUGAUAAACUUGAGCAAUGACUUCUUGCAACGUGAUGGCGGAAUUGGUAUGAGGGCUCUUAAACGGUAAGAAAACAAUAUAAAUUGUUGUAAAAACUAUCAUUCUGGUUGAACAGUACCUUGAAAAAUUAAAACAGCCUUAUUUUGCUUACUCUACCACCUAUUAUAUGUAAUCUAAUCAAUCAAAACCAAAUAAAUGAGCAAACUCACUUUCAGCUUCCUUCUUCAACUUCAUCAGCUCCCUGACGUCCAUUUUAUGACACUCCGUGAGCUCAUUGACUGGAUGCGAGCUCCAUUAACUCAUCAACAACUUUUGACAAAACGACAAUGCGGUCUCUAUAGCUACACUCCGCCAAUCGUCCCACGAACAUGUACAACACCAAACAAAUGCAUGUACAACACACCUUAUCUUGGACAAUCAGAACACAUCUUUUACACUUGUAAUAGAUGCCCUCAAUUGUAUCCUUGGAUUUGA